ACUACACACAAAACUAAACUAAACAUGAAGUUCCUCAUCGUCUUUGUUGCCCUCUUCGCUCUGGCCGUGGCUGCUCCUGCCACUCAGGAAACUCAAGUUUUGAGAUCGGAAUCCGAUGUGGGUGUCGAUCAUUAUAGCUAUGGUUUGGAGACAUCCGAUGGUACUAGUAAGCAAGAACAGGGUGAGUUGAAGAACGUUGGCACAGAAAACGAGGCUAUUGCCGUUAAGGGCAGCUUCUCCUUCGUUGCCGGUGAUGGACAGACCUACACCGUCAACUAUAUUGCCGAUGAGAAUGGAUUCCAGCCCCAGGGUGCUCAUUUGCCCGUUGCUCCCGUGGCUUAA